AUGUGCCGUCUAAAGCCUGUAACCAAAGCGCCGGCCGAGGUCGUGGAGAAGAGGAAGCGCGUCGCAGAAGCGCCGAUUCCCAGGAAACGACGGCGACGUCAGCACUCCCACAUCCAGCAGCCAAAGACCCAAAUUGGCAGGCGCACCACGAAGGUCAAGAUUUACCUGGGCCUGAACGGCGACUUCGUGGAGGUAGACCCCACCGAGACGGUGCACACCAUCGUCGGGGAAUAUGCCGAAGACCACUGGCGACGGCUCCGUGAAGACCUCGAGCUAGUGGUCACGGACAAAAAGAGCGGCGAG